GCGUGAGGGACGGUGUUUCUGGCACGUUCAUUCCCUCUUACAGACACGCCAGAGUUCACCUCCGCGAGGAACACCCUAGCCAGCCUUUCUUCUCAUACUCCUCCCCUCCAAACUCGCUAGCACGCCCGCUCUCGAUCUCGCUCUGUGCUAGUGCUGUGCAAAACACGAUCAUAGUACUAUGGAUUCCUACGCAGCACAACCUGCACGACAGGAAGCGCCCACAGCUGCUAGCACAUUCAUGCACAGCACUGAGAAGGCUCCAAUGGCGAGAAACUCGCAGAAUCUAUUGGCGAAGCAUGCUAUGAACCAAGUCGGCAAAAGAUAUCAUGGCACUGGGAACAUUGAACCUGAUCAUGGCCAGAAGGACUCCACGAAACAUAUUGUCUCUGUCAUGCCUUUCUCAAUCCAGCUGGAUCCAACUCUUAGCAUUGACAAGUUGCUGCUCAAGAAACCCAACAAUCCUCUUGACUCAACAGCAGGGCACAUGUUAGUAACAUUACAAGUCCCCACUGUUGCACGAACAACCUUCACAACGACUUAUGCACAGGUAGCAAGUGGCAGCACCAGUAUUCAUACCUGUGUCCUUGAGCUGGAGAGAGUAACUCUAUCAGAGCCGACUGAUCUACCGACUAGUACAAGAGCAUCUGACUACCCAUCGGCCACAGCUGCAGGAGUCGUCAUGCGAAUUUUCAUGUACGAGCUUCCUUCACUUCCGUCCCAGGAAACGACAGCGACCUAUCAGUCAGACAACAUAAUGUCAGAUUCACGUCAGACAGUAUCAUUUCAAGGCUCACAAGUCGACCCAAGUACCCAUCACUCUAGUGGCGAUGUUGCGUCUGUUUGGAAUGAAAGUACCUCUCUAUCAGCAGAACAUGGAGUGACCAGUGCCGCGCUUACCACGGACACGUUUCCAUUCUCCCCAACUGAAACAUACAACACCAUCGCCACAAACGAUAUUCCUACGUCAUUUUCUAGCUCAGUCAUCCCUGUCAGCUCAGUCACUACUAUCUUGGGUUCGGCAAUCUCGUUUUCGCCAAGUUCAAGCUUUACGGAUCUCAGGCAGUCAACAAUAUCUACCUUCUCGGCUUCUGGCACUACCAAAUCGCCCCUGACAGGGUCUUCAUCCCAAAAGACUGGAGCUUAUAUUGUCACCACAUCCUCUGACACUACGGCAACCACAGCCUGGACACCUCUGCAGACAGAUGCUCCCACGAACGUCAAAUCAGGAUACGGCAAUCUUAUUGUCAUACCAUUCCUACUAGGUGUGAUAAUACUUAUUCUUGCGUCUUUGAUGCUGUGGCGCAAAUUGCACAGAAAAUCGUUCGACAAGUUCAUCCGCCGCCUACCACUUUCCGAAACCUGCAUUCGCUUGUCACAGACACGAGCAAAGAACCGCAAAACUCGUCAGAUGGUUGAAGGAACUUACACUGGAGAUAAUGACGGUUUUAGUGACGCCCUAUACUCGCGUAGGAUGCGCAAGCAUACCGCCGAGGCUGAGAAGGCGGCGAUGAAACGAGAUCUUGACAUGGCUUCGCCAAGCCUUUCCACCCCUAGAGCCAGCAGAAAAGCGUCUAAAAUAUGGCGUGAGACCAAAUCUACAACCACAUCAUCAUCCUCUGGGACAUCUCACAAGGUUCCAGAUCGUGCACAUGUUGCGUCGGCAAGUUUGGCCAGCAUGGAGAGCUGGGAGGAGAAGUGGCAUGCAUUGGGCAAUGAAACUCCUUCGAGGCCCGCGAUCAACCUCUUCACAAGUUUUCACGCGGGCGAGUCGCCAACAAACUACCAACGAAAAUGA